AUGUGCUUCGAUGGAUGCUUGAAUGUCCGCAAAAGAAUCUUGAGGUUUUCAAUAUCGCUAAAUUCCGUCAGCGAGUUUGUCGACCUCUUUCAUCAAUGCUGCAGGACCAACAUUCACGAAAAUUGGGAAGAAGCCGAAGUUGUCCGAAAGUUCUUCAGCGAUCUGUUCGAAUGGACGAAACAAGAACGCGAUGAAUACUCCCUUCCGGUGAUCGAAGCAUUCUGUGAGGAACUCCAAGACUUUUUCGACGACAAAGUUCUGCAUGAGAAAGCCAGAUCGUGUAACUUAGCAGUGUGGUUGCUGGAUAUCAUUUGCGAAAACUCGAGCGAGUCGAUGUGGAACAAGAUGUUGACUACGAGCUUGGUAAUUGAUUCUGACACAACUUUUCCUCUUUCGACGGAUAUGAUACUCAUCUACUGCACAGGGGGAAAGCGUCUUCUUCAUGACGAAAAUAUGCUCAAGGCAACAAUGCGGUUUGUUAUCCUCGUUCUCGAGCAAGAUUUGACGCUCGAGAGCAGAAUAUUCAACGCUUGCACGAGGCUGGACAACUCGGUCGUGUCGAAAAGUUUGAUUGCAACAGAUCGUCUUGUCAGGACAACGGGCAGCAAUCGCAAGAUCAUCAACAAGAUACGAGCAGGAGACUUGAUGAGUGACAAGUGUGCCGAGACUCUGUUGAGUUGUGCCCUUGAAGCCAUGAGAAACUUUGCUUCCUCCCAUCCCGAGGUUUGUGAGCAAGUGGCAAGGGAUCUGUUUGUCGACCUCUGCAUGGACGAGAGCCUCCUCUCGCUCCUACCCCUGGCAGCCCGCAACCGCGUCAUCGAGCAGAGCAUCUCUUGUCUUUGCAGCCUCAUCAAUCAAGGUAAAGGCUCGCCUUCAGCUUCCUCCAACUACCACCAGGAGAUUAUCGAGCUCGUCCACUCCAUUGCCUCUGUCGUUUUCACCGAUUCCGAUGAAAGUGCCAAGUCCCCGCAAACUUCCAGCUCCCGCUCCCAGCGCGGAGGCGUCCUCGUCCUUGGGGCCCUCAGCAGUCGCAUCCACAACUCUGAGGUCAUGGAUAUCAUUCAUCGUCUCUUCAUGGAGGGGCUCCAAAGUCUGCCUUCAACUCUGCACGAGAAUCUCCUUCUCCACCUCACAGGGAUAGCGCUUGUACCUCCUCACAAGUACCUCAGCUCGGGAGAUUCCAAGGUGCUGUGCUGGGAAUGUGCUGGGACAAAGGGCAGGUGCUUCGAGCGGUUGGCGUCUGGGUUGACAACCGAUGAGGCCCUAAGACAUCUCCAGCAGGAGCUGCUUGUCUUGAUUGCAAAACUCGGUAUGCUCUUACUCACUCACUCGAAGCAGCAGAGACCUGAAGUUCAGCCCAGGCAGCUUGUCCUUCUCGUCCUCAUCAUCGCCACAGCGGGCAGAUUCGCUGCAGUCAAGACCUUCGUUCUCUACAUGACGCAGCAUGGGCUUGUGGAUGAUGUUAGUCCGCCAACCUGCCUCAGGGUCUGCGUCACUUUCUCUACUCCUAUCCUCUUCCCCUUCGCUUCCUGGAAGCUCUUCCUGCUGCCUUCCUUGGCCCUUGAAAACCAUUGCCCAGCAACUUCCCCAGCUACUUUUUUCUUCGACACCGCUCACAUCCGAGCUGGAGGCGAGCUGAAAUCCUGCAGAUUCAGAGAGAGCUGGAUGAACACCUUCGGAUAUCAACGCAAAUGCAAGAAAGUUCGAUGUUUCGACAGAAACUCGCUGAGUCUUUUGGCAGAGAAGGAGCUGCCUGCAAGGUACAAAGAGUUCCUUGCAAAGGAUUCAAAGAUGACAGAGGCCAAAUGUUUACAAUUGAUGGCAAUCUAUCAUGUGGAGAGCUAUUUUGGAGCUGUUUCGUCCGAACCUCCAAACUUUAGCAGGCUGCUCGAAGGUCUAUUUCUUAAGAUCAUCGACAAGCUCACAGAGCGAUUCGACUCGUUGGAAUUCUCCCCUCCUCAGGAAGAAUUCCUCACCCAGCUCACCUGUGCCCUCAUCCUGCACUCCUCCAGCUGUGUUCCAAGCAAGCGCAGCUUUUCGGAGAAGUCCAUCAAGGUUGUCCUUCGGGUCUUUCCGAUACUCCACUGGAGUUUGCGCUGUUUUCGGGUGCUGAUGGACUCUUACGAGGAGUCUGUCAACUUCGCAAAGAUACCGCUGGACCUUUUCAGUUCAAGAAUGACAGCUGAGAGCAAGCUGGGCGAUGGAGGAGACUUCUCGCAGCGGCAUGCUGCUCUUCGGGUCAUCGAGAAUCUAGUCCGCUACUGGAUGGAGCAAAUGCUCCUGCAGGCUCCCCUGGCCUCAAGCGCCAUCAUUCAAAUCUAUCUCCUUCAAUGCUCAAGCCCUGCUGGGAGUGAAGGAGUCCAGAGUUACACCGUUAACAUCAUCCAAGAAGCGAUGAUUGGAGUAAUGCCUCUUCCACAUGGUGCAAAGGCUGGCGGAGUGGCAGGAGCAGGAGGAGGGAGGGCUCUAAACAGGAUGCCGAAUUCAGAUGCUACGUCUCUGCAGGGCUUGAGAGGAGGGUUUGUAUGGCGCUACCUAGGUGGAUGGGCUGUGCAUGGUGGAGUUGACUUUGCGGAUGUUGCAAGAGGGCUGCAAGACAAGGCAAGAUACCUGGGUAUGGCAAAACUCCUGCUCGACCUUCAGCUUUCUUUGACCUCCCAGCAAGCCUUGACGUCAUCGGAUCAUGCCAGCUUGGAGGCUCUUGAGGCUCUGAACCCUAUGGAUGUCGGGGCUCGGGAGAGCAUGCGAACUUCGACGUCGCUGUGGUGUUGGAUUAACUCGCUACUGUCGGGGACAGAGCGAGAGAUGUUGGUCAGAGAAGUUUGCAAUGCUCUGUCGUCCAACAUGGAGGAAGGUUGCGGUCUGCUGAGCAGCUGGAACGAUCCCGAGCAUCACGCCGAGGUGGACCAGUCAACCUCCUCGAGGGUCUUUGCAGAGUGCUACGCUCAAGCUCUGUGUGUGGAGUUUCUGCAGGAGCAAUGCAGGUUGUCUCACAAGUCAAAGUCGAUCGUGUUUCGCAGCAUCUGCAAGCUGCUUCUCCUCGCCUUCUCUCGCUCGAGGGUCCUCGUCCUCAACGAGUUCAACUCAGCCCUGGUGCUUCAGCUGUUGAGGUUGGCUUUCAUCGUUCUUCACGAGGCGAGGAUGCCUUCCUUCCUUGCAUCCAUUCUUCUCGAUCGGACGCUUUCAGCUUCUCUACACUUCUUCUCCUUCAGGCCGAGCUGGGGGUUGGAUGGGAAGAGGGAUGGCACUGGUAACGGCCCAGGAGUGCUCCGGAGUCGAGGAGCAUGGAUCGUUGUGUCCAGCUGGAUGGGUCGAAUCCGGUCGGCAGAGAAGAGCAGGGAAGAAGAGCCGGUGGGCUUCGGCAUGACGCAGGUGCUGUUCAAGGGACGAGGAGGGGCAGAUUCUAUCUUCUCCACCGUGAGGGACUGGGAGAACUCAGAUGAGAAGGAGGGCGAGUGGCUCGGGAUGCUUGACCAUCACAAUGACCAUGCAGCCUCAUCAGGUUUCGGGUAUGAGAGCAGCAAACUUGUUCUCGAAGAAUUGUGGCAGAUGCCGAGUGAGAGCAAUAGCGAGUUGUUCUCAGAGGGCAGGAAUGCGGAAGAUAUGAGAUCAUCUAUCAUGGGAGGAAGAGUCUCGAAACAGUCGCUUUCCAACUCCGAGCAAGCUUCAAUCUACAGCCGCCAACUUCCAGCCAUGUUCUCUGCGGAACAAGAUCAGAGCGAUCCUGCGAUGAUCCUCAAGGCUCGUUGCAGGUUCGUCGAAUCAGUGUUUGGCAUAAUCCGAGGAAUGUUGGUAGUGACUCAUCAGCCCUUGAAAAGUCUUUUCUCAAGGAAUCUUCUAUCAGGCAGAGUUGGGCUCUGA